CAAAUACCACUAAUUGGAUUAUUGGCGCAAAACGAUUGCAAGAUUUUUUCAUUUGUAAAGAAAAAUUCGUUUGAAAAUUUUUCAUUGGUUUUAAGCGUAUAAUUUUGGAUAGAAAGGUCAUGAAUGAUCUUGAACAAAAAAAAAACAAUAUAAAUUAGUCAGUGAUAUUAACGAAUAAAUAAUGCUUGAUUUCAAUUGUUCAUUCCAUGAGAUUAAUAAAAUGAUACAAAGACCUGUCUAAAAUCCAAUCUCGAAAAAAAUAAUUGCGUUAGACGGAAUUUGCGCCGAAACAAAGGUUACACUUCGAAAGUGGACUAAAGUUUUAGGGUUCAUUCGCGAAUAAUUAGUCAAAAAAAUGGUGGCUCGAAACUUUUCACUUCAAGAAUUACCAUACUCCCGUUUGCUCCAAAUGCCCGAUGACGAAAGAGAAUUCCUCACGUUAGACGAACUAAAGCCACACCAACUGACAGAAUUAGGAGUCGAAUCUAGUAAUAGUCAAUCAAAUACGAGUACAAAUAAUGCACAAACCAUUUUACCAACUGAAAGCUCGACGCAUCAAGUGAUACAGCAACAACAGAGCGAUGAAAUGCAACAAUCUUAUAGUCACACAAUUUAUUACGAUUUAAAUUCGCAAUCUGCGGGAAAUGGGUAUUGUAACAGCUCGAUUUAUAUGGAUGGAAACUCAAUGCAAUCCACAAUGAUUGACCAUCCGACAACUAUUUUGCAACAAAGUGAUUCGUGUGGACUUGAACCAACUACCACAAAACAAAUGCAUUACUCUUCGUCACAUAGUUCCAACCAUCACCAUCAUCAUAGUGGCUCUCAUUACGAUAAAAAGAGGAAAUAUUCUUACACCAGUGAAUGUAGCGAUGACGACGAUGGAUGCACCGAUUCAAAGUCUGUUAAAACAACAGAUGAGAACAAGAAACAAAAUCACAGUGAAAUCGAGAAAAGACGUCGGGAUAAAAUGAACACGUACAUUUCAGAGCUUUCCGCGAUGAUUCCUAUGUGCCACGCUAUGUCACGUAAAUUAGAUAAAUUAACGGUUUUGCGUAUGACGGUGCAACAUUUGAAGCAAAUAAGCGGUGCUGUACAAUCGUAUACCGAAGGUCAUUACAAGCCUUCGUUUCUGACAGAGCAGGAAUUGAAAAUGUUAAUCUUACAAGCGGCAAGUGGGUUUCUAUUCGUUGUUGGAUGUGAUCGCGGUAGAAUUUUGUAUGUCUCAGAAUCAGUGGCACAAGUUUUAAAUUAUUCACAGGGUGACCUUUUGGGCCAAAGCUGGUUCGAUAUACUGCAUCCUAAGGACGUAUCAAAAGUUAAAGAACAACUUUCUUCAUCUGAUCUAAGCCCGAGAGAGAAAUUAAUUGAUGCUAAAACAAUGCUUCCUGUUAAAACAGACGUAUUGCAUGGUGGUUCGCGUCUUUGUCCGGGAGCUCGACGAUCCUUUUUCUGUCGCAUGAAAUAUAAAGCAGGUGCCAAUACCACCAAUGUUCAAAUAAAAGAAGAAGUGGACAGCAGUUCAACAAACCAAACUUCGUCAUCGUGUCAUCGUAGGAAAAGCAAAGUUAGUUCAGAUAAGAAAUAUGUUGUUGUCCAGUGUACGGGUUAUUUAAAAUCAUGGGCACCAGCCAAAAUUGGGCUGGAAGAGCAUCAAGAAAGCUCAGAAUGUGAUGCAGAUUCUUAUAACUUGUCCUGUCUCGUAGCAUUAGGUCGAAUUCAACCAAACAUCUAUCAACAAAAUUUAAAUGCUCAAAGUCCCAAUCCCAGUCUUAGGAAUAUACAGUUUAUAUCGCGACACGCUAUGGAUGGAAAAUUUCUUUUUGUCGACCAACGUGCUACACCAGUGCUGGGAUUCCUACCACAAGAAUUACUGGGAACUAGCAUGUAUGAAUAUUACCACCACAGUGACAUUCCCGUCUUAGCAGAAUCGCAUAAAGCAGCAUUGCAGGGCACAGAACAAGUCACAACACCCAUUUAUCAGUUGAAAGCUAAAGACGGCAGUUAUGUGAGGAUUCAAAGUCAGUGGAAGUCUUUUCGCAAUCCUUGGACGAAGGAAAUUGAAUACUUGAUUGCUAAAAAUAAUAUAAUUUUGUCAGAUAUGGGACAAAUGGAGUCUACUUAUCAGCCAUCACAGGAACAACAACAACAGUGCGCGCAACAGGGUAAUCCACCAAACUAUGAGUUCUUCCAAAAUCCCGCUCGUGACAUGCAACGGAUGAUCAACACUCACAUAGAGGCCAGUAAAAUAGGAAGACAAAUAGCCGAUCAAGUUCUUGAUUAUCAGAGGCGUCUGGAAGACUCUUCGUCUGAAAGUAGCCCUGAUCCUGAGCGUACUCUUGCUCAAAUGGUCCCCGUUGUACGUGACCCAACCCUUGCAUCCAGUUCGCUCGGUCUUAGCCAACAACUUACUCCACUGUUGCCGACAAAACUGAUAAAUGGUCAAUUACCACCGUAUAGUUCAAUGCGUGUUACCCCCAUGCUGAAUCCUGAUCACCCUAGCGAUCCGGAGGUGGGAGAGCUAAUAGACGCGUCAUCAGGAAAUGCCUCUGUCACACCUAGUUCUGGCGGCACCACUGAGGGAAACGAUGAAGCAGCGAUGGCCGUCAUUAUGAGUCUUUUAGAAGCUGAUGCAGGUCUUGGAGGACCCGUUGACUUUUCGGGACUUCCUUGGCCACUUCCUUAGGAAAUGUUUCGAAUUAUCACUAAAGUUACCAUUACACUAUCUGUAUGUAGAAAAUUAGCUAAAUUAAUAUUAGUUCAAAUUGUUGUUUUUAUUUUACUUUUCAAGGAAAAAGUUUUGUUCUUUAAAUAAACUUGAAGAUUUUUGUGAU